AUGUUUAUGAAUUCUUCAAAGGUUCAGAACCAACGUCUGAAUUUGGACCAGGGACAGCCAGGCCUACUCCAUUCACGUGUGCUUCCUGUCCUGAUCAUCACCAUGAAUGCCAACGUGACAGGGUCACUUACAAUGCUGCUGCUGAUGUCAAGCCUGCUACUGUGGAAAAAUGCGGCCUCUCAGUCUAAUUAUACCACUAGCACUGGCUCCAACAUGACCAUCUCGAAACUGCUUAAUCGUGCGACCAUUCUGUCAAGCCACAUCAGUCUCCUCUCUUCAGAACUGUACAAGGAAUUUGUAGCCCGAUACUCUCUGGACAUAGACAUCUUUUCAGUGUUAAGGAAAAGGUGCCACACAGCCUCAAUCGCCACCCCGGGUGACAAGGAAGAGACCCUGAAGAUGAAGGAGAGGGACCUGAUUAUCCUGAUGAUCCACUUGAUGCUCUCCUGGGAAGACGCUAUGUGUCACAUGAAGGCCCAAGGAGUUCACCUGCCAAAUAUUCCUCUCAGUUUCAUGCAGAAAGCUGAGUUAAUACAGCAAAAAAUAUGGCAACUUCUACAGGGGCUGACGAUAAUCGCUAGGCAGGUUGACCUUCAAUUCAAAGACUAUGGGGAACAUGCUCUCUGGAAUGAACUCCCGCUCCUGAUGUCAACUGAUGCAAGAGUUUCAAGGCAAACAUUUUACCAACUGUGCCACUGCCUGCGCAGGGAUACUGAUAAAGUUCACACUUUCCUAAGGGUCUUAAAUUACCAAAUCACCCAUGAAAGGCAAUCCUAA